GGACAAGUCAGUCUUUGCUUUUCCUCGUGACAUGUGUUUGAGUUGCAGCGGAAAGGAAAUGUGUCAUCUGUGGUUUGGUUUUAAAAGUGGAAAGCUAGCUGUACAUAUCCUCUUAAAAAACCCUUGUAGAUUUGAGUUUCAUAGUCUCCAAACUAUUCUACUUAAAAUAAGAAGAGAAGAACAGAAGUGGCUUAUGAAGUAAAGGCUGGGACAGAGCGCUCUGUGAGAUACCAGUGUAGCUGCAGGCAUGGAGCACACAGGACAGUACCUGCAUCUUGUUUUCCUGAUGACAACAGUGUGGUCCUCAUCUCCUGGAACAAAAGCAAACUAUACACAUCUGUGGGCUAACAGUAUCAAUGCCUCGGAUUCCAUUGAUCAAAACAGCACAAGCAGUCAUCCGAGUGAGAACACAAACCUUGUCACUCCUGCCUUGGGUCACAAGAUGAGUGCCAAAGACAAGCCUGCAUCAUCUCCCACUGUGCCUUUAGCUCCUACAUCUACACCCAAGUCCUCCACACUUCACACCUUCAAAAACAGUUCUCCAACAGCAGAGAUCAAAAGUCAGGGGGAAACUUUUAAAAAGGAAGCCUGCGAGAACACCAGCAACACGGCCAUGCUAAUUUGCUUAAUUGUGAUUGCAGUGCUUUUCCUUAUCUGUACCUUUCUGUUUCUAUCAACCGUGGUUCUGGCAAACAAAGUCUCAUCUCUUAGAAGGUCAAAACAAGUAGGCAAGCGCCAGCCUCGGAGCAACGGUGACUUUCUAGCAAGCAGUGGGCUCUGGACUGCUGAAUCGAACACUUGGAAAAGAGCAAAGGAGCUCACAGGCCCCAACCUCUUGAUGCAAUCUACUGGUGUGCUUACAGCUGCCAGGGAAAGGAAGCAUGAAGAAGGAACUGAAAAACUCAACUAGACCAUGGUUUGGAAAGGGAAAUACAAAGCAGCAAUGAGGAAGGCUGAGUUAAAAAUAAAGCUAGCUGGUGGUAUUUCA